AUGCCUCUCUUCUACUGCUAUAAUCAAUCCCUCUUUGUUCCCUCCUCCUCCUUUCUCAUCUUCUUCUCCUCCGCCUCCUCUUCUUUCCUAUCAUCACACAUGCCUCUCUUCUACUCCUAUAAUCAAUCCAUCUUUGUUCCCUCCUCCUCCUUUCUCAUCUUCUUCUCCUCCGCCUCCUCUUCUUUCCUAUCAUCACACAUGCCUCUCUUCUACUCCUAUAAUCAAUCCAUCUUUGUUCCCUCCUCCUCCUUCCUCAUCUUCUUCUCCUCCGCCUCCUCUUCUUACCUAUCAUCACACAUGCUUCUCUUCUACUCCUAUAAUCAAUCCCUCUUGGUUCCCUCCGCCUCCUUUCUCAUCUUCUUCUCCUCCGCCUCCUCUUCUUUCCUAUCAUCACACAUGCCUCUCUUCUACUCCUAUACUCAAUCCUUUUUUGUUCCCUCCUCCUCUUUCUUCAUCAUCUUCUUCUCCUCCCUCUUCCGCCUCCUCUUCUUUCCUAUCAUCACACAUUCUACUCCUAUAAUCAAUACCUCCUAG